UUUAAAAUCACCACAAUAAAUGUAAGGAGCGUAAAAACAGAAAUGAGAGCACAGUCGGUUUUAUCCUUUUUAGAAAGGUUUAACUCAGAUGUGUUUUUAUUACAGGAGUGUGGUCUACCCUUUUUAUCCUCUUACAGCAAAUGGGAGGAUAAGUGGCAGCACGGGCCCUCCCUUUGGAGUGGCUCAAAUUUUAACAAGAACGACGGUGUUGCCAUUUUAAUCAAGACCCCACAGGUGGUGGUGAAGGGGAGCACGGUGGUGGAACGGGAACCAGUGUGUCCAGUGCGCGGGCUCGCUAUAGGCGAGCCCACAACGGUCUGGCGCAACGUGGCCCAUCCUGCACUCCUGAAUCGGCAUCGGGACCUGUCCUGGAUGGUCGCCCACGAGAUCCUCCCGGUCAGGGCCGUUAUGCACUCACGGGGCAUGGCGAGGACAUCCGCGUGCCCCCGACCGGGCUGCGGCCAAGAUGAGUCGGUGAGGCACAUGCUCUGGGAGUGCAGAGCCGCCAGGGACCUGUGGAAGGAAGCAGGCCCCCUGAUCACAUCGUGUCUACCAGCAGGGGAGGACCUAACACCUCAGCUCGUGCUGUACGGGGUGGGCCGAAGGCCCAUUCCACCGAAGGCCUUCACCAAGCUCUGGCCCACCCUCACGUGCCUGAAGGAAGCACUGUGGUCCUCCCGUAACCUGCUGGUAGCCAAAAGCGUAGAGACCACCCCCCAGGCAGUGGCCAUGGUAGCCACGGAAGCCCUGGGGUGGUACGAACGGAAGGGGGCCUCGACCCCAGGCGAAGGGUCCCCCACAACACCCUAGGUCCCGGCGGCCACGGCCUGACAGCGCUGCGGCGCCUAGGGCGAUGCGCCUAGGGGAGGGAUCUCCUCUGGGCCCCGAAGGACGGGACGAUGGUCUAUUCGGGAGAGCAGGAUGAGGCGAGUUUGAUAAGGACUCACCCCGCUCCUGUACAAGCGAUUGAAGACAGCCUUUUAACAAAGUGACUUUUUAACAUGUUUCUAACGUCUUAAA